CCCCGCCGGUUUCCCGCCAUCCCGGCCAUGGCGCUCACCUUCCUCCCCCCCCUCCUCCUCCUCCUCCUCUUCUUCCUCCUCCUCCUCGGGGGGGUCCAGCCCGACUCGGCCCUCGCUGACAGCGUCCCCCCGACCUGUCCCCCCACCGGAACCCGCUGUCCCCCGGGCACGUACCCCUACCCACCCCCCCGGCACCCCCGGCCGCUGCCCCCCCCCGGGGGAGACGCCCCCGUCGUCUGCAAAGAGGUGCGGUGCCCGUCGCCGUUGUCGUUCCCGCAAGGGUCGUUCUCCCCCCGCCGCCCGUCCUACCCCCCCGGCGCCGUCCUCACCUUCUCCUGCGACGACGGGUUCGUGCUGCGGGGGCCGGAGCGGAGGCGAUGCCGACCCGGGGGGGUCUGGAACGGCACCAGCCCCGUCUGCGAUGACGGCGAGGGUGACUGCCCGCCGGCCCCGCCCCCCGCCGGGGGGGUGCUAACGGGGCGUGGCCGGCACCGGGGGGCGGUGGUGCACGUGCGCUGCGGGGCGGGGCUGACGCUGCUGGGCCCCGCCCACCGCCGUUGCCUGGAAACGGGGCGCUGGUCCGGCCCCGAGCCUUCCUGCCGGCACCCCUACGCCUACGACCUCCCCGAGGACGUCAGCGAAGGUUUCGGGGCGUCUCUCGCCUCCGUCCUGGAGCUGGCGGGCGCCCGCCCCCACAACGGCUCGUCGGUGGGCCGUCGCAUCGUGCUGAGCCCCCGGGGGUCCCUCCACGUCUACCUGCUCCUCGACGCCUCGGGCAGCGUCCGCUCCGAGAACUUCCGCCUCUUCCAGGAGUGCGCGGCCGGCGUGGUGGACAGGCUCAGCAGCUUCGAGGUGGCCGUGAGCUUCGCCAUCAUCUCCUUCGCCAGCCAAGCCCGGGUCAUCGUCUCCACGGCCGAGGACGAGUCGGCCGACGCCGAUGAGGUUCUCCACCGCUUGGAGAACGCGACCUUCGCCGACCACGGCAACGCGACGGGCACCAACGUCCGCGGGGCGCUGAUGGAGGUCUACCACAUGCUCCUCUUCCAGAAGGCGCGGGCGGCCAGGAUGGGUCACCCCGAGACCUGGCGGGACACCCGUCACGUCGUCAUCCUGCUGACGGACGGCAGGUUCAACGUCGGGGGACACCCCCGGGACGCGGUGGCCAAGAUUGAGGACGUGUUGGAGAUCAAGCCGGACCGGGAGGAGUACCUGGGUGCCCCAAACCCCACUGAGAUGCCCCAGACCCUGUUCUAG